AUGCCUGCCAUCGAAUUCGUAUAUCUCAGCUCGUGUCUGAAAGCCUUAGGCCAACCUACUGAGGAGAUGUUAGCUUACAUAGAGCUCUACCACGAGACAGCCCCCAUCGACAUUAAGGAUGCAGAUAACUCCCGUGAUCUUCAAGCCCAUGUGACGCUUGCCUCUGAGCGCUUAGCACACCUCACUAUCGAGCAAGUGAAGGCUGGGGCAGGGAGAUUCAACACCGCAAUGAUGGUCGACCUCGGCAUGAGGGCGAUCCUAUGUCUUGUAUAUCACCGCCUCAAUCGGUUUGCCAAGUCAAAAGACCUCCUAGAUCUCGCGAUGGCGGUGAAAUUGGCGGAUUGUGCAGCGAGGAUAGGCCAGCCGACGCCCGUCAUAAUUCGAGCUGAUGAAACACUCGACCUUGCGAUUUCAUCCAUUAUGGAGGGCCCUCAUGGGUUGGAAAACCCAGACGUGGCAAAUAUCUGCAAGAUUGUGCCAGAAUGCGACGCGCUUGAAAAGUGCCUCAGGAGGCGCAACCGCGUCCUUGUGGAGGACCUUCGCAAUCAGGCACUCAAGAAAAUGCGCGCACCGAACAAAUACCAGUGUGCAAAGUAG